GCAUAAAACUUCCGGCUACUUUCAUUUUCAUGUCGUCUUACGGACAAAACAAAAUUAGAUGAAUAUCACUUCUGUUAGAAAUAAAGAUAGCAAUUUCUGUUGGAGGCAAUGACCAUGGAGACACUACUGGCAGCUGUUGGUGGGACUGCUGGCCUACUGUAUGUAAUUUACUGGCUGUUAACUAACAGAAGAAAGACUGACGUGACUGGAAAAGUUGUGCUUAUCACUGGAGCCAGCUCUGGGUUAGGAAAAGCAUGUGCUGAAGUGUUCUUUAAGCAUGGGUGUAAGGUGAUCCUGGCGGGUAGAAAUAUAGAACAGUUGCAGCAGGUGAAGUCUGAUCUAGGUGAUACAAAGGACAAACAUCGUCUAGCUGUAUUACAACUUGACCUCGCAGAUCUACCCAGUAUAGAGAGAAAAGGUUUGGAGGCUGUAGACAUAUUUGGUCAUGUGGAUAUAUUGAUCAACAAUGCUGGUAUUAGCUACAGGGGCAGUAUACAGGACACAGAUAUAGAUGUACACAUGAAAGUCAUGACAGUUAAUUACUUUGGUCAGAUAGCCCUCACUAAAGCUAUACUACCUCACAUGAUGACAGCACGGUCUGGUCAUAUUGUGGCAAUCAGUAGUGUACAGGGUAGAAUAUCUCAGGCAUACAGGUCUGCAUAUGCAGUAUCAAAGCAUGCUGUGCAGGCGUAUUUUGACUGUUUGCGGGCAGAGAUGUCAACUAGUGGUAUACAUGUAUGUGUAGUCAGUCCAGGAUAUAUACAGACCAAUCUUUCCAAAAAUGCUGUCUGUGCUGAUGGAUCAAAUUAUGGAGUUUUAGACAAGACAACAGCUGAAGGUUUACCUCCUGAGAAAGUGGCAUCACUUAUAUUGAAAGCUGUACAAUCACACCAGCCUGAAGUUAUUCCUGCUAAAUUUAUCUAUAGACUGGUUAUUAUUCUUAGAGCAUUAUUUCCUAGACUGGUUUUCUGGAUAUUGUCUAAAAGAGCACAGAAACAAAGGAAUGACUAUAUAAAGACUAAAUAACAUAUUGAGUAAAAUAUAUAGUGAUGACAUUUACACAUGUUUAAGAAAUAGAACACUUCAGUGUAACACCACUUUUUUCUUGUGAGCCUUGUAAGGCUAGACUGUUCAAAGAAUAAGGAUGGCUGUUGUACUUGCCUCUGUCUCUGUGCCACUGUCACCUUCAUCAUUGCUUUCAGUUCAAAGUUUUAUUGCAAGCUUCUUAAUUUUACUCUUCUUAACUACUGCCCCUAUAACCAUCUAACCUCACUUAGUGUUUGAAUUUUUUAUUCAUUUUGUUCUUACUUUUUCAAUUCUUAAGAUAAGACAUUGCAAUUUCCCAGACUUGUGUAUUUUUUCCUGCUCUUCCUCUUUUUGGUGAAUAUUUUUUAUGAGAGAAUCUUAUUUAAAAAGUUAUAAAUAAAAAACACACAUAAUAAAACAAACUUUAUUUUUAAAUUUUUUUGGCAUGUUACUCAGAGCAUCAGUUCAUAUACAGUUCAAGGUAACAAAAUUGUUAUACAAUACCUUAAUAAUAUAUCAUCAUAUUUACAUAUAUAUAACAUGUUGUUGUACUUAGAUACCCUUAUAAAUUAAAUAAAUACUAAAUGAUUAAUCAGAUUUUGUGAGGGCCGCUUGAAUGUCCCAGGCUUCCGACAUGGAACCAUGAAGUUUAUUGACGCUUUUUCGCUUGAGACAGAUUUUGAAAAACAACCAGGGUACCACCCAUCUUGAUAUGCCACUACUCACAGUCCCUUACAACAUGUUUACGGCAUUUUGCCUUCUGUCCAUUUUCAUUCAUUUCAAGAACUUCUUUCUGGACAUUUUCUUCCUGUUCACGGUGUCAUUUUCGCAGACUGAUUUCAAUGUUUCGUGCUUUUUUCAUCAAGUUGCUGUGUUCUUUCUGUGACAUUUCACUUAACCAACUUAUCAGAUGACGACAAUUACGCUUCAGCUUUUGGUGGAAGGUAGCAUUUGGUCGCCUCCUUUGACUAGAGUCUGAGUCGCCAAAAUGAUGCUCACAGGGAAGAUUGUUGACUUGAGCAAAUGCUGUUCAUGAAAGAUCCUCUUUUUGACAGCGUGGUGCUAUAGCGCCCAUCCUGAAGAAAGUCAGCAAGCUGUUUACGCACUGUUCGUAACAUUGACAGAUUAAAGUCAGAAGGUCAUUAUACAAUUUAGACUGAUCAGUUGGGAUGGGGGUUAACAGUUUAUGAUGACAUUUCUCUGUGUGUGGUAUGGGUAAAUCAUCAUUAUUAAUCCAAGAAGUUUUGUUAUGAAGUAGACUUGGAUUCUCAGCACACUCAUGCAGAAAGGUUUCCAGUCUCUGUACAUGUGGACGAAGCUGAAGAUAGGCAGCAUUGCCCGACGUGGCAAGCCACCAGUAUGGUCCAGUGACCUUCAGAUAUACUGUUUUUAGAGCCCGUAACAUUGUAUUCACAGUCUCAGGUUGAAGAUCAGCUUCCACAGAUUUGAUUUUCUGCUGAAGUCUGGAAUAAGGAAUUAAACCUGUUGUCUUUAUAAUUUCCAAUAAGAGAUUUAAUUCCGUUGCUGGUACAAUAUGCUUCCCACCUGUCCCAUAAACCAAGUUGAUCACCUGCUGGCCCAAAGAUACCUGAUGCUGCUUAUGCAAUCCUUUCAAUUAUCACUUGUUUCUUUGACCAGAACUUGAAAAAUGGAAGUCUGUCUCUUCCAACUGGACCUUCAGAUGAAGUUAAUUUCAGUAUCAAUUCUUGCUUCAAUGAAGAAGGGCUUCAGCAUUAAUUUCAGUGCACUUUGUGAUAUUUUGGCACAACUAAAUUUAAUUUUGCCAUUUUCAUCUAAACCAUUGAGCGGUUUCCUGUAUAAGGGUCCUGCUCUAGGAAUGAGUGAGAGGUAACAGGCAUACAACUCCACGAUGUUAUACUUCCUAUCUGGCUGUUCAUAAUGUUUUAUUGGAUCCUGUACAAAUUUACGAGCCUUAAGAUGCCCCCUUGUGAAUUUUUACAAUGACCAGGCGUGAACUGGCUAUACCUGCGUGAUUGUUCCUUAUCAUGCAGUAUUUCAGACUGUGAUGCCUGGCAGUUCACUUGCUCUUGGAAUCCACGAAAUCCAAACAGAUUACUGUUGUAAAAAAUCAUAGCGUUCGACAAGAACAAUUAAUCACACCCGUUUCCCAAAAUGAAAGUUCAUCCUGCAUUGUAACGGGAUCACUUGAUAACCUAACCUUUUUAUCCCAACACCUUGUGCAUGCAACUCCUUCAUCCUGGUAUCCAAACUCUUUCUAAAGUCACUGAACUAGUACUGUCUUUGAUAAAGUUUACAUACUGUUUUCCACAUUUGUUCCUUAGGUAUCUCUGUAGACUACAUACCAAUUGGUGAAGUGUAUUAGGUGGAUAAUCUUGUCCAUCUUUGUGUUUUAUUUCCAUAACAAAGCAUUGGCCCCAAUAGUUUAACAUGUUGUCAUCAAGCAGAUCUAUAUCUUCUGUAUAGCAAUUUGCAUAAAGCUUAGGUCUUGCAUGCUGUUGUGACGCCUGAGAUCUUUUAAUCAUCAUCUUACAGUUUCCUCACAACACUAGAACGUUUCUGUUUUUAUGUUUCUGAUUCUUAGGUCCUUCCAAGUAAACACAUCGAACAACACAGUUUUUCCAGUUUGCUAGUUUAUUUUUUUUUAUCUCUAAAUCAUUUAAAGUCCUUGUGAAUUGUUUAAUAUUACUAUUGUAUUAUUUCCAUUGAAACUUAUUGUAUUAUUUCCUUUUGAAGCUAGAUCUAAUUUAACUGUAAAUUUUAAGAUGUUUGUCCUAAAGUUCGUUUAGAAGUCCCCUCUUGUUCGGGGUGUGUCAUAGAUUUCGUCUGCAAAAAAGCUUAGUGCUGUGUGCAUAAAUAUAUAUGAUAGACAAUAGAAGUUUAUCACAUUCGCGACACUCCGGCCAGAAAAGUAUAGCAAUAAAAUAUCGGAUAAGAAAAUGAAAACAAAUGUAGAAAAUAACAGAUGGAAAAUUCUAAAAAUAAACAGCACAGCACUUUACAAAGAUCUCUUACUCAAAUUGCCUUUCAAGUUUCAAAAAGAACUAGUCUAAAUUUUCCUAAAUUUUUAAAACUUAAAAAAUUAAUGUAGUGUUUGAACUGAAUGCUAUAUUCGAAUACAAAGAUAUAUAUGUGGCAUAAGUAUGAUAAAGCAAAACUUAUUCAGUACAUUUCAGACAUUCAUUCGUGUUUUAAGUCAUUUGUUUUGUUAAUAGUAUUUAUGAAUAAUGUAAAUUAAUUCGUAUUAAAUGCUAAAGAUAACUCUAAAGUGAAUGGAAUAAUGUCAAAGUUAUUUGAAAUUAUCUCCAGUAUAAUUAAGAACACUUUUGGUAUGAUCAAGUUUCGACAAUCUGGUACAAUGUACUUUUAAAUGUCUUCUAUUAAAAUACUCAUUUGUAAACAUGUUAUCAUGACUGAAUGUAAACACACUACAUAAUAAAAAGCAUAUUAUAAGUAUAGUAUUAUACGGUUUCAGUUUGUAGUAAAAUAAGGAUUUUGCAAGUGUCAGUCUUUUCACUAGUAGUCUCCCUUCAAGCACCUUAUAUAAUCCCAGUCAACACUCUGUUACUAUAUUAUCAAUUAAUCAGUUAGUUUAUCAGCAAUUAAUUUCCUUGUUCUUUCGCUUGACACAAUCACAGUCUUUCGUUUAGGACGUGUUUGCUCCACCUGGGUCAACUUCAUCGAUAUAUGACUCAUAGAUACCAGUUUUUGGAUUAAGUGUCAAAAAAUGUCCUGGCAUCAACGUUGAGUUGGAAUUAAUGUCAUUGUCAACAUAGACAAGUGGUCUUGAAUUAAGAACACUCUCUAUUUCCUUUAGUACGGUUUGAAAUUGGAUACUGGUCAAUGAUCUCCAUCCUAGAGUUAUUUACCCAUGUUUUUUCUUUCUUUAAAAAAUAAACACUUCAUUUCAAAAGAAAACAACUGGUAAAACUAUUUACAAAAGGAAUCUACAGAAUUAGCAAAAUAAAACAUUGUCAAUGGGCUCAUCAGCAUUUAACUGCUAUAAUUUUCAUCCACUCAGUAAUAACUCAAUUUUAUCUUCUUCCACUUUUUGGACUACUGUUGAAAAACGGUGUUAAACCCAACACAGACAAACAACCAGACAAACAAACAAACAAACAAACAAACAAACAAACAAACAAACUUUCAAUAUGUUCAUAAUCCUUUGGAUUUUCUUACUUAGUCUUUGUUUCAACUUUACAAGUUCUGCUGCUGUUUUGACUUUUUCAGCUUUCAAAAGUUGCAAAGAGGCAUUCAACUUGUCUAGCAUUUGUUGCUGCUUCUGUUCUUUUUUCUUCUGCAAAUACAGUUUGUAAGUGCUAUAUGCAUUAACACAAGAUCUUUUCGUCCUUGUAUCUAUCUUCAUGUUAGUGCUGUUCACAUUUUUCUUCCUAAGAGUUGUUUUGACAAUUGCUACAGCUUCAUAAUUUCAACAGUCAAACUUGCUUGGUCUUUCUCAGUUAUAUCAUCCCAUUAUGUUAAAGCUGGAUUCUACCCAAGGUCCACUGAAAACAGUUGGCAAUGAUGACACAAGUGUUUUGAGUGCUGGAUAUCUUGGUCUGUUAAAACUUUCCAUAACAAACACCUUACCCCAGAAUCCAGUGUCAACAGGCUCCUUGGCUUCAUAGUUAGCAGCCAGGCGUUUUGAAGUCUUCAUCCACAUUAUAUCUGGCAGAUUCCUCGGACAGUUUGCCCAUCUGCACCUGGUCCUCAGAGAACACUGGAAUAUUGGUGGCCAGUCUUUGUAAUGAUUUUACUGUUUGUUGAUGGCCAACAAAGUCUGGGUCCAUAACUGAGAGCAGUCUGAGUGUGGUAUUUGUUAAUGGCAUCUGAAGCAUCUUAGGUUAGCAUAUACAUCAUGGACGAAGCGAUGGCAUGUUUUGUCUGGGCGAGCUUUGUUCAGGUUAACAAAUGCAUACUUUCCAACACCCAAGUCCUUAUCUGACUUGUGUAUGUCCCUACUAUUCACAUCAAGUUAAACAAGCUGGCUAACACUUUCUGGGAUGCAUUCUUGCUUGAUGAACAUAACAAGGAACUCUCUGGUCAAGUCGACCAUCCUGCUGUGGAGAGUGUGAAUUAGGGGUUUCUCUGACUGAAACCAUCCUGCUGUGGAGAGUGUAAAUUAGGGGUUUCUCUGACUGAAACCAUCCUGCUGUGGAGAGUGUGAAUUAGGGGUUUCUCUGACUGAAACCAUCCUGCUGUGGAGAGUGUAAAUUAGGGGUUUCUCUGAUUGAAACCAUCCUGCUGUGGCGAGUGUGAAUUAGGGGUUUCUCUGACUGAAACCAUCCUGCUGUGGAGAGUGUAAAUUAGGGGUUUCUCUGACUGAAACCAUCCUGCUGUGGAGAGUGUGAAUUAGGGGUUUCUCUGACUGAAACCAUCCUGCUGUGGAGAGUGUGAAUUAGGGGUUUCUCUGACUGAAACCAUCCUGCUGUGGAGAGUGUAAAUUAGGGGUUUCUCUGAUUGAAACCAUCCUGCUGUUAAGAGUGUGAAUUAGGGGUUUCUCUGACUGAAACCAUUCUGCUGUGGAGAAUGUGAAUUAGGGGUUUCUCUGACUGAAACCAUCCUGCUGUGGAGAGUGUGAAUUAGGGAAUUCUCUGACUGAAACCAUCCUGCUGUGGAGAGUGUGAAUUAGGGGUUUCUCUGACUGAAACCAUCCUGCUGUGGAGAGUGUGAAUUAGGGGUUUCUCUGACUGAAACCAUCCUGCUGUGGAGAGUGUGAAUUAGGGGUUUCUCUGACUGAAACCAUCCUGUUGUUGAGAGUGUAAUUUAGGGGUUUCUCUGAUUAAAACCAUCCUGUUGUGGAGAGUGUGAAUUAGGGGUUUCUCUGACUGAAACCAUCCUGCUGUGGAGAGUGUGAAUUCGGGGUUUCUCUGACUGAAACAACUUGAUGUAUUCACUGAAAGUAUCCAGCAAACCUCUGAACAAAUGUUACUUUGUCUCAGUUUCAUUCCUUCUAGGGAACAGAUAGUCCAGGAUUCUGUCUUUUCCCUGUCUGUGCUUGUUACAGAUUUCUGCUGUUUUUUUCUGUGACAUCUGAAGCAGAAUUAUUGAUGCCUGUGCUUCAUCAGAGACUUGAUGGUCACUGAAUAUCUGACUGAUGACUGACCUGAAAUGAUAAAAAAUAUACAAAGAGUGUAAACAUUAUUACCUCUGAAAACAAACUGAUGAUGGAUUUGAUCAGCAUGUUAUAUUUAUUUUUCAAACUGAUCAAAAAUUGUUAUGAACAUUAAUAAUUAUAAGUCAUAAACACAUGUUUUAAAGACUACAAUUAAAAUGAAAAUGACA